AUAAUUGUGACAGUGGGCAGGUACAGGUCUCUUAGUUUCAUUUGUUGGAACAACGCACGCGCGUGCACGCCUACAGCUCGCUCACGUCUGCCUCCUUCCUCGCGCGCGGAGGUUUGUUUGUACUUCCUCGGGCAGCAAAAGUGUGUUUUGAAGGGUUAAGUUCAGUUCUGUCCUGUCCGGUUCGGGGUUUUCCGCCUCUUGUGAAGGUCCAUGUUCGGCCUCCGGAGCUCCGCGGUGACGGUGAGGAAGAGGAGGUCCAGCCAACAGGUGGACGGUGAUGAGGAGUCAGAUUCAGUCCUGGGAAUACUCCUCAGAGUCCUCAUCUACUGAACGGGACUUGGUGAGCUCCUCAGCAUUGUGAUUUGCUCUGCAGAGAAGGAAAGCAAAUCUUCCCGUUUUGUUGUGCGGUGGGAUUUGGUAAGAUAACCCAGAUGCAAAUUCAGGGCCUUGUGGUCACCCGGAUGCUAACAGCUCCUGACGACGCAGAGCGAGCAGUAAGAUUCUUCUUACUUGUCAUGUAAACAAGCUAACGGACGGUUGGAGACUGUGACCACGCGACAGACAGAAUCAUGCCAGAUGAGUCCCAGCCUAUUCGGGACAACUGCACGCCUCUACAAGGUGCAUCUCAAGUGUGCCUGUUACCUGACAUUGUUGUCGUCUCUGGUGAUGGGAGGGGGAAACCUGAUUCGCUGGAGCUGGACGAACUCAGUCGGACAGGAGCCGAUGUAAAUGGCUUAGACAUUUCAAAAAGUGGUGGCAAACCAAAGAUUCCUACUGACGCCACAACAGGACCUCCGGUGGAGCUUGGGGUGGUAAAGAGCACCCACGUCUCCGAACCUCUCAAAACCAGCCAUCUGCUAAAGGGGGGAGGAGUAGCGAAACAGGGUGCCAGUUCCCCGGCUGACCAGCCCUCUGCCGAAAACACCAUGGCUCUGCAGAUGAGCAGCGACUCGGACUACAGCAGCAUGAAGUCCAGCCCGGGGUCCGUAAGCACAAGCUUGGAUUUCUGCAAUGACGAGCUCUUGCAGAUGGAUGGAGCUUCCAUGGAGAAGAAUAACUUUGUCUCCUCACUGAACACGUCCCAGUCCAGUCUGCACUCAGCACACAAAGAGCACAGCCACGUCCCAGAUGAUGACAAACUCGUGAAAAGUUGUCCUGACAGAAUCGGGAGAAGUACCCCCAGCAGAACUUCACUUGACCCUUGUCACCAAACCAGAGGCAGCAUUGACGGAUGCUUGUAUGAAGACGAUCCCGAUGAAGACGGGCAGAGCUCCCGGUCCAAGCGGAGCAUGAAGGAGGGGGUGUGCUGCUGCUUCCAGGCCACACACAGGGGCUUCCGGCGCUGCAUGGAGGAGACGCCAUCCAUGCUGUCCGGGCUGCUCCUGGCCCUGGUCUUCUGCGUGGUGAUCAUCGUGGUCAUUGCUGCCACAGGCCGGGUCUCUCCUCCGAACGUAGACGCUCAUGUGGGCGCUCUGGCCGUCGUCUGCGUGGUUCUGUGUCUGGGAAUGGUACUACUCAUCUCCCUGCCCUGGCUGGCAGUGCUGAGGCGAUGCAAGGGAGCACUGGCCCUCACCAUCUGGGCAUCACUGUACGUCACUGCCAUAGUUUUCACCUUCACAGGCGGUGCUGUAACACCAUGGGAGCAGGUGGCGUUUUUCCUCUACCUCUCUCUGAGCGUCUACACGGUGUUACCCCUCUCACUUGCAUGGGCGCUCAUGUUUGGGAUUGGAACUAGUCUUUCCCACAUCAUCAUAAUCAGCAUAUAUGUGCCCAUUACCAGUCCGGACACGCCUAACAUGGCUGUACAGUUGGUGGCCAAUGCCGUGCUGUUCCUGUGUGUGAACUGUGUGGGAUUUUUCCACCUGUGGACCAUCGAGCACAACCUGAGGAUCUCUGACAAGAAGAGGGAGGAGUUCAGCCAAAUUCGCUCGCAGAAAGACGUCAAGAACCAUCAGCAGGAGCAACUCCUCCUUUCCGUGCUGCCGCGCUACAUCGCCAUGGAGCUGAAAACUGAAGUGAUAAGGAAGCUGUCCAAGCCCAAGAGCGAUAAGGAGACGGCCUCCACCAUCCAGAACUUCCAAAGCCUGUACAUCCGUAAGCACAAGGAUGUGAGCAUUCUGUACGCUGACAUCGUGGGCUUCACCAAGCUUGCUAGCACGUGCACCCCGGAGGAGCUGGUCGCUGUACUCAACAAGCUGUUUGGUAGAUUUGAUGACAUCGCCAAGAAGAACGGCUGUCUUCGCAUCAAGAUCCUGGGAGACUGUUACUACUGCGUGUCGGGUCUGCCCGACCCGAUUCCUACCCAUGCCAAGAACUGUGUAAAGAUGGGACUGGACAUGUGUGCAGCCAUCAGCGAUUUGAGAGAUGCUACAAGCGUGGACAUCAACAUGCGUGUGGGCAUUCACACGGGCAACGUACUUUGUGGCGUAAUUGGUCAGAAGAAGUGGCAGUAUGAUGUGUGGUCGGAUGAUGUCACUCUUGCCAAUCAUAUGGAGUCUGGAGGUCUUCCAGGACGAGUGCACAUCACAGAGGACACGUUGCACCACCUGGAUGGAGCUUACAAGGUGGAGAACGGAGAAGGAGAGACUCGGGAUCCACUUCUGAAAGGAAGGAAAACAUAUCUGGUUAUUGACCCCAACAAGCCGCGCAGCAGUUCUUGCAAGCUUAACCCGGUCAGCAACCUGGUAUCGUUGGAAAACAGGCAGCGUGCAUCCAUGCGCAUGUCACAGUACCUCCAGUCCUGGCAGAACAUCCACCCUUUUGCAGACCUGAGCAACCCUGGAGUGAAGCACUCCAAGAAGAGAAGGAAGGCCUCACAAGGCAUCACAAGGCCACGUCAGCCAUCUGCUAGUGGAGACUGCUGUGAAGACAACGCAAGCAGUGUUGCCACUGUUCCCAGCGUGCGGGGAUCACUGGACACUCUGGAAACUGCAGGGAGGAAAGCAAAGAAACUCAACUUUUUAACUUUGUUUUUCAAUAACCUGAGCUUGGAAAAACAGUUCCGCCUAUCAGAGGUGGGGGGUCUGUACCUCUCCAUGAGCUGUGUUUUUGCCAUCUUUGGGACGGCCUUCACUGUCCAGAUGCUUGUCUCUGAAAAGAAUAAUGAGAUGGCCAUCUCCUAUGGAGUCACUUUUCCAGUUAUGGCGUUGUUUCUGCUCAUCGCUUUCUCUGGAUACUUUGAGAAAUGGCGCUCCAAAACCCCGCAGAAUCAUCAGAUGAUAUUGAGACUGUCACACAGCAUCUCCACCAAGGCGGCACUAAGGCUCUUCUUGGUCAUCUUCUGUGUGCUCAUCACUUUGCUCAUGGCCUUCCUAAACUCUAUAUUCCUGGACAUCCUUCGUACUUGCAACUCAACCACAAACAUCACACAGAUGGAGGCCCUCCAUCUCUACACACUUCCUUAUUACCUCUACUGCUGCCUGAUGGCCAUGCUGGGGGCCAUGGUCUUCAUCCAGACCUGUUUCUCUGUGAAGGCAUUGCUCCUCACCCUGGCUGUGGUGGUGUACUUGACCCUCUUCUUGUACAUUUAUGCCCCGGCCUCAAAGUGCCUCAUUCGCCUGGUUUACAAUCAAACAAUACCUGGGGUGCUGAAGGACCCUCAGAUCAUGUCUGGAGUCUGGUUGGUGGUCUUCUACGUGAUGUGUCUGAUCCUGGCCCGACAGGAUGAGCUGAGCAGCCGUGUGGACUUCCUACUGGAGCGAUGCUUCAAGACUGAGCAGGAGGAGAUGGAGACCAUGGAGAACGUUAACAAGCUCCUCCUCCAGAAUGUCAUGCCGCCAGAUGUCGCCUCCUUCUUCAUGGGGAAGGCUGUGCAAAGUCAGGACUUGUACAGUCAGUCGUACGACUGCGUCUGUGUGAUGUUCGCCUCGGUGCCCGACUUCAAACACUUUUACAAUGAGAGCAUCGAAAACAAGGAUGGGCUAGAGUGUCUGCGCUUCCUCAACGAGAUCAUUUCAGACUUUGACGAGCUUCUCCAGAAGCCCAAAUUCUCCUCAGUGGAGAAGAUAAAGACAAUCGGGAGCACUUACAUGGCGGCUGCAGGCCUUUCCCACUCUGCUGCAGGAGAAGACAAAAAGGGCCAAGACAUGUCGCACAGCUUCGUGCGCUCCAUGGUGGAGUUCGCCAUCGCUCUGAUGGGAAAACUGGAAGUCCUCAACACACACUCCUUUAACAACUUCAAGCUCAGAAUUGGAAUUAACCACGGCCCGGUGAUUGCAGGAGUUAUUGGAGCCCGUAAACCCCAGUUUGACAUCUGGGGAAACACUGUAAACGUUGCCAGCAGGAUGGAAAGCACAGGCGAAAUGGACAAGAUUCAGGUGACUGAGGAGACGCGUGAAGUAGUGGAGAACAUUGGAUACGGCGUCACGUUAAGAGGACUUGUCAAGGUGAAGGGCAAAGGGGAGCUCACCACAUACUUUGUGAACCCGAAUCACCCGUCUUUUCAGUUCUGAUCCAAAGUUCAUGAACCGGAGGACUACCAGAGAUGCAGCGAAACAGGGACUGUUUUCCCCUGAGCCUGCUGGCCAUCUCUGACUAUGCUGAAUUGCUGCAUGAGCAGCACGCAUGAACGUCACAUCCUGACACUAAAGAAAAUCAAGACUGUUCACAAACGACAGAGAAGGAUGGAAAGCAUUUCUGCUCAAACACUUUAACUUUACACUGUAUUUUCAUUGCUGAUAAAAUGUAUUUUUGGUACUGUGGCUAAACAUCAUUGUUUAACUAGACAAAACUGUUUCUAAAUAUCAAAGCACCGGUUUUAUGAAGGAUCGAAAAGACCCAACUGGCCUUGUCAUGACAAUCAAACUUUUCUCUCCCCAGGUUUUGACUCCUUUAUCUGUGUGACACUCAUGUGCAUUCACUGUUAAAGUUCAAAACUGCACUCAUUUUUCUCACAGGUGGAAAAAUACAGAAAUCAUUCAGGUUUGCUUAACAAAAAUGUUGAGCUUUGUCUUUAGCUUCAUUCUCUUAUGGGUGAGGUGAACAGCUGCAGGGAGCGUCAGAGGGAGGGCCGGGACAUGCUGGAAAAAAGGUCAUUUUCCGCCUUCUGAAGUGAUGGUUAUGUAUUGGUAAGAAGAGAGCUUGUUCUUCAUCAGCCUCGCUGCAUGCUGGGACCUGUAGUGUCAAUGCAUCUGAUCAUACCGAUCCCAGCACUGCGUGUGUGAGAUUGUGCAAGUGUGUGUCAAUUUGUCUGAAUUUGUGUUCAUGAGUGAAAAGCACACUUUUGUUGGAGAGUUGAAUGAGACAAAUAAACAACCUGAGAGGCGUGUGAAUAAGUGUGCAUGCACACAUGUAUGUACUUCAUUAACCCUUAGAUUUACUGACCAUCAGCCUUUUCAUGGUUCAAAGGGAACAUUUUAGGGAUUACUUUAAACUUCUCACCAGUCAUUUACACCUAAAUUCUUCAGAUGCUGCUCCUCAGGUCAAAUAUUGCUGAUGUGAAACAGGAAUUUUAUUCUAUAUUGGAGCAUUAACUGACGUCAAUCUCUCCGACAUGUUUAACUUUGCACAUUUUCAGUUGUGGUUCUGAAGGGAGUUGUUUUUGCUCAAUUGUGGAUUUGCAGUGUGAAUGGAGAGUUUAAAUAUUUUUCUAUUGUAUUUAUAAACAAAAAAUAAAAUAAAAGGCACAUUUACUGUGUGAAACGAC